AUGCUGCCCCUCUCCAUGCACUUCGUGUGGGGGCUGUGUGCAUUCAUGCUGUUCAAAAGCCGCCUGUCGGAAGCUCCGAGACGUCUCAAAAUUGUGUGCCGUGCUGCCCCUCUCCCUGCUCUGCAGUUCGUGUGGGGAUUGUGCGCCUUCGUGCUGUUCAAGAGCCGCCUGUCGGAAGCCACGCGGUACCAUAUGGGCACGUACCACAUCCUGAUUGGGAAGUUCACCUACUAUGCUGGCAUCGGCACAUGCGUGGUGAGUGUGACACCCACCGGUCACCGAUACCAUGCUUGCUGCUGCACUUUGUGCAUGCUGAAGCCACGUGGUACCAGAUGGGUACGUGCCAUUGGCAAGUUCACCUACUAUGCUGGCAUCGGCUUGUGUGUGGUGAGUGUCGCAACGAACGGGUUUGCGGUCAUGCAGGUGGUGAUGGUGCAAGUGGGACAGCCGCACUACGGCAGUGCGAGCAUGGCUGAGAGCUGGGGGUCGCUCUUCCUCUGGCUCACCUCCGCUGCUGUGUUUGGCGCCAUUACAACUUCCAGGACCGCCGAGCUCGUCACUGACUCCAAUGAGAAGGAUGAUGGAAAGAGAGUUGCGGUGUAG